UACUCACUCUUUCGCUCUCUACUGUUCAAUUGCAGAAGAAUGACCUCGGAAAGCGCCUCGCCCGAAUCACAGUCACCGCAGAGCAACGUUCACCUCAAGAAGCGCCGGCUUCAAAAGUCUUGCGACUCGUGUCGGAAACGAAAGAUUAGAUGUAGGUUAAAUGCUCAUUCAUUCGGUUCUGAAAACCGAUAUAUCUGCACAGGCGAUAGUGCCAACAUCCCGGAUGGAAAGUGCACCAACUGCACUGCAUUCAACACUCAAUGUACUCAUACGGAGACGAAUCGCAAACGCGGGCCGAAGAACAAGUGCGAAAUAUCGAUUGCAUUCACAACCCAUCUGACAAGCAGCAGGCAUGUCGAAGAACUGAAACAGCAACUCUCAGCAUUAGAGGCCAGACUGCGCAGUGUUCAUCCCGAGGGGACGCCCGACUCCAGCACUUCCGUCCUCAAGUACCCAACAAUACCACCUGAUGCUUCUCCCGAGCCCGGACCACCGCUUCCGGAAGAUGAUCUGUCCCAUGACGAGAUAUCUGAACGAUUUCGACAGUUCUCGUUGGGAGGCCUAAAGCACAGAUUUUUUGGGUCGUCGAGCGGAUUCAAUCUGGUCAAGAAUGUCAUUGAUAUCAAGGAGGGCAUCUCGGGGAGCCGAUCGACCACAAGAUUCAGGCGGCCCGAGUUCUGGAUGAUACGACCGUGGGAAAUUCCGAAGGACGAAGAAGUCCAGUACAAGUAUCCUGCCCCCGAUUUGCAGGCGCACUUGCUGCAACUCUAUUUCACCCACAUCCACCCGGUUUUUCCGGUACUUCAUCAACCUACUUUCGAGCGCUCCGUAGCACAAGGCUUGCACUAUGAAGACUUCCGCUUCGGGGCUAUACUACUGGCUGUCUGUGCCGUAGCUUCACGAUACUCCGACGAUCCCCGUGUUCUGGUUCCUGGGUACGACUCGCUCAUCUCCGCGGGCUGGAUCUUUUUUGAGCAAGUUCAACUCAUCCGCAAGUCGCUCUUUGAUGAGCCGUCGCUCUACGAGGUGCAGCUUUAUUGUCUAGGAACUCUCUUCUCGCUCGGGACAUCGUCUCCGCAGGCAUCCUGGUUGUAUCUCGGUCUUGGUGUUCGAUUUUUGCAAGAAAGAGGCGAACAUCGACGCAGACGGGAUAAUAAGCGACCUAUUGCAGAAUCCGAGUCGUGGAAGCGAGCAUUCUGGUGUCUGCUCUUCCUGGACCGGACUGUUUGCAGUUUCCUAGGCAGGCCAACCGCUAUUCAUGUUGAGGAUUAUGACGUAGAACUGCCUUUGGAAGUCGACGACGAGUAUUGGGAAUCUGAAGUUACCGACAAAUCCCAAGCAUGGAAGCAGCCAGAGGGGAAACCAUCGAAGAUGACUUACUUCUCUUGCUUAAUCCGGCUGUGCGAGAUUCUUGGCUCGACACUUCGACGGCUCUACGCGUCGAAGAAGUCUCGAAUAUUGAUGGGUCUCACUACUUCAGACUGGGAGCAGCGCGCGGUCUCCGAACUGGACUCGGCGCUAAAUCUAUUUCUUGGCUCUUUGCCCGACCAUUUACGAUGGGAUGCGUUUGGGUCUGGCGUCUUUUUUGACCAGUCCACCAUUCUCUACGUCUUGUAUCAUCAAAUUCAGAUCACAAUACAUAGGCCAUAUAUAAACAAACCCACGGUGCUGGCCUUCCCCUCUUUGGCAAUCUGCACAAGCGCAGCUCGAUCCUGCAUUCAUGUGGCUGAUGUCUGGGUCUCUAAACAACGAAAAAUAGCAUUGUCCAUCGUUACAGGCGGGGUGUUUGUCUCAGCUGUGCUACUACUCCUGAACAUGUUUGCUGUGAAGCGAUCAGGGAUGCCGAUCGAUGUCGGCAAAGAGCUAGCACAUGUCCAUACGGCAAUGGCAUUUCUGAAAUUCCACGAAAGAAGGUGGCAGUCUUGCGGACGACUCUGGGAAAUGCUGCAAGAGCUCCAGACUCGUCCCACCAACGGGCCAAGUCGCACUACACCCGGAAAUCAAUCUGAGACUUCGGGAUCUCUCGCUAAUCCGGUCUCUCCGGCUGAACCAGCCAGUGCUUCCCCGGAGUCUCAAUCAGAGCAAGCUCACCGUCGGUCGAUCGUCGCAGACAUGUGCCCUACGACCAGAGCGAUGAUGGAACAGGCUGCAGAACGCAAAUGCAUCGAGGAAGCUGGAAUGUCCAUCUUCGCUCAGGAAUCCGCCAACGUCGGCUCCGUCGUAUUGGAAGGAUACUCACCGCCGCAAUCAAACGCCAUACCCCACCCUCCGACGUCGCAUUAUUGGGCUGAUGUGUAUGGGGAACCCGGGGCAAUGCCAGCUCAGCCAUCGGCAUCUGAUCUGCCGAUGGAUCAGCUCUACACUUUGGUCGACGAGCCUUACAAUACACAUCAUCAGUGGCCCAAUUCGGUUCCGGCGAAUAUGCUGCUCGACGAGAACUUCUUGUCCAUGUGGUCUGGCGCUCCCACCGACUUUGGGAAUAUCCAAGAAUGGAACACAUACAUCGAGAACAGGACAGACACCUUUGGACCUAACAUCCCCUGGCCCAUUGAUAAUACAAACAUGGCUUAGUUUACAUCGCAUCGCACAUAUCGCUCAUGUACAAUAUACAACAAACAUAUCACAUACAUCAUACACGGAGGAUCAGACCUCUUCCAAAUACCCCUGCACAAUCAAAUGUUCAAUAUCUGAACGCCUCACCAUGAAUCGAUGUCCCAUCCUGAAAUCGAUGGUCCCCGACUCCGUUUGGAUCACCCCACAAUCGCGGACAACACGCACGAGAACGUGCAGGUCCUUCGGUGGCUGAGUGAUACUCGCGGUGAUAUCCAGCUCGUCGGAGAACUCAGCGCGGAAAGUCAUCACGGACGCAUGGUACGAACGCAGGUAGUCAACUUCGUGCGGAGACAGUUUGGAGCGGAUUGACGUCGCCUCCGCGGAUAAGAGGGGCGGGAGGGACGCGCCGAGGGACCAGUACAGGGAACAGAGAAACGUCGUCCUGUGGUGAUGGUAUGCCAGGAGGCACCUCUUAUUGCGCGCGAUGGCGGUUUGGAUGAUGAUGAGAGCGGGGGGCGGGGCCCCGGUCGCGUCUGCGUUCGCGACCAUCAGGGCCACGGCCGCUUUUUCGAGAUCGCGCUGCUCGCGGAUGAUCGAGCGCACGAGAGGGUCGUUGUACUUGAGCAGGGUAUCGGUCUGUGUCGAGCGGCGGGAUUCCAUGACGAGCUGGGUCGCGAGGUCGCCAUAUUGGCGCGUUUCGCUCAUGAUGGCUCUGUGCGCGGAGAGACGCGUUGUUGAGUCGUGUUUGCCAGUUACGCAUGACGACAUAACAGCACUUGGAACUCGCGAUGAGCGUGGCGUUGGACGCUUGCAUUAUUCUGACUUCGUGGACAUACGUUGUACUCGCACCCUAUACCAAAGUCGAGGAAAGCUUCAAUCUUCAUGCAGUCCACGAUCACCUCAUGUACGGCGUUGGGCCAAGCAGUCUACCCAAUUAUGACCACUACACGUUUCCCGGUGCUGUCCCGCGCACAUUCAUUGGAAGUGUUCUGUUGGCGUGGAUGUCCCAACCCGUAAUCCACCUCCUGAACCGCUUUGGCAUCAUAACAUCCAAGUUCGACAUGCAGAUCAUCGUUCGACUCGUUCUUGCUACACUCAAUGCCAUUGGGCUGUGUCUCAUCCGACGCGGCGUAUCACGUCGAUUUGGACGUCCGACGGCCUCUUCUACACGAUCGUCACUUGCUCGCAAUUCCAUCUACCCUUCUGGAUGGGCAGAACUCUUCCCAACAUGUUCGCGCUCUUUCCGGUCAAUGUCGCGGUUUACUUGCUGGUCGAUCGAGCCCCCAACGCCAACAAACCUUCCCAGACAAGCGUCGGCGCGUCCAUCGCUUUGACCGUGUUCGCGGCCGUGGUAUUCCGGGCCGAACUGGCCGUGUUGGGUGCAGCUUUGGCGUUGCAAGCGGUGUUUCUAGGUUAUAUGUCGUUUCGACGCGUAUUUUUGGUUGGCUUGCUUUCUUCUGCGAUCUCGAUCGGAUGCACAGUCGGUGUCGAUUCAUAUUUCUGGGGACAGCCUUGGCUGUGGCCUGAAUGGCAGAGCAUCUAUUUCAAUGUCGUCGAAGGGAAGAGCGAGGAAUGGGGUACAUCCCCGGCUCAUGCCUAUCUAACCAGCCAUCUUCCGAAACUGCUGUUGACCGCAUUGCCUCUCUCGGUGUUCUCGGCAUUCUCCUCUUCACCGAAGCGGCUGCUGCCACUAAUAUUUCCAAGUGUUGUCCUCGUUGGAGCGAUGAGUGCGCUGGGCCACAAGGAAUGGCGCUUUGUUGUGUACGCUGUUCCCGUGUGGAAUAUUGUUGCUGCGCGAGGAAUGAGCGUGAUGGUAUCUCGACGCAAAUCGACCUUGUUUGGGCGAUUUUUAUUUUUGGCUGCUUGUGGAGCCAUCUGUGCCAAUAUUGUGGCGACGUUGCUUCUCGCCAGUGCAGCAUCCAAAAACUAUCCCGGAGGAGAGGCGAUGGAUAUCCUCAACUCCAGGGCCCAAGGUAAAGUGCAUGCUCACAUCUGCAAUCUUGCCCUGCAAACAGGCGCAUCUCUGUUCACGCAUGAACAUGCGUCCCCCUAUCCGCCAUACCUCGUGCCAUCA